AUGGCGGCGCAAGCGGCCUUGAUUGCCGACACAAUAGUGGGCAUGAAGCGGGCCCUUCGCAAUGAGAAUGAAUUUUCAGGACCUGAUGAUCCGAUAACGCAACCGACAAAUAGAGGAAACAAGCUUCGGGGGAACGCAAGAUUCGUAAAGGAGGGCGCUAUGGGGUAUGUGCACGCUGAGAGUUUAUAUAAACAGGAAAUUGAACACGCCGGAUAUACUCGUUAUAUCCUUCACCAUAAUCCCGUGCGCUACGACUCCGAAGGCGACGAGCUUGACGAUGAUGAUGAGGACUCAGAAGCAGAUGCGGCCGCGGCGGCAGAGAACCCGUUCUCUGAAAUUGCAUUAGAACCUCUUUCCAACAUGACGCAGGCUAUUGAGGCCAAAUUGCGUCAGGAACGAGCUCUUUUAUGGCGGGCGAGAAACUUACACCGGCAAUUUCUCGGUGAUGGGUCCUGGGCGCCGUGCGGCUUAUUCGAAACGUAUGACGACAGGUUGAUUUUUGAGCCACAGAUAGCUAGCACAGGACAAAAUUCCCCCUUACUACAUUAUGAGACCAACGGGGUCAAUGUUUCGGGCACCAAAGAUCUGAACAGUUCAGGGGGGAAUGAACAGAAAUCAUCAUCUGCAGAAGAAACUGAACCACCACAACACGAGAACGAUAAAAUUGCCAACGCAACAUCGGAUGUCGAAAUGGCGAUUGAAGCGAAUGACGGAACCGGGUAUGCGCCGUAUAACCCCGAUGCUGGUCACUCGAAAGAGCCGAAGUUUGAAGAAGUGGAUACGGCCGUCGGUGAUCUUCCGCAUCAUUCAGAAGCGCGAGAGGCUGCGGUCACUGUGAAUGGUAAAACGGAGGAAUCGCAUGGCGACCAGGAUAAGAUGUCCGACACAGUAGGGACGAUGAAUAAAGAGACUAAGGAGACAGUAGAGGCAGGUCCAGAACAUCAGAGCAGUGAUGGCACGGGCGUCAUGGAUGAGGAUGUCGAAAUGGGGAAUGGCCUAUCUCCAGAGCCACCGAGGCGAAUGACAACCAGAGCCCAGACCAAUGCAGGUCAACCGCAUCACGACUCCGACUCUAGGCAUGCAUCUCCUUCCACAUCGAGCGAUACUCUCAGUUCCCUACCCAUACCUCACCCGCUCUAUCUCGUGCCAGACUUUGUUCGACCAGACUCCAAUUUUGGCCUGCCACCCAACGAGGCUGAGGACACCCGCCGACUACUCUGGUCAUACGUCCAGAAACAGGAGGAGACAGUUCGCGGUUUCGAGCAUAUGCUUGAGACUCUUUUGCGAGCAUGCCGGAUGAAAGAAGACGUUUUCGAGUGGUGUAAAGCGGAGGGGCAUGUUGGCGAGUUGAGCGAUGGAGAGGAUUGGUAUGAUCGUGAGAAAUGGGGUCUUGCCGAAGGCGAAGACCUUAAGAAAGGUGCGGACGAAGACGAUAUCGAGCCGGUUGAAGAGAGCCGGUCGUCAAAUAAGCGAGGCAGAGGUCGUCGCGCAUAG